AUGAGCACCAGUGUGAUUCAUCAUCAAUCAUUUGAUGACUUAUGGGACCAGCAAAAUGGCAAUGAUGUUCUACUUUCGUUGCGAAGACUCCGAGAAGAGUUACUUCGGCGUGAGAUGUUACCAGAAGAUCCAUCGGAGGCAUUCCUGGCAAUUCAAGGAGCUGCACUUCGUUUUCGUCCUCCGCCUCGUUUGCAGACACAAGAUAGUGAUGGGAAUCAAUUAUCACCGCGCUCGAUGGAUGAAGCAACAGUACAAUUACACUGGUCAAUUACAGAAGAAGCGCUUGGGUUGGUUACCGUUCUUUCUUGCACAUGUGUUGGUCCUGCUUGGCGUACUCAAAUGCGAGAGAGAAGAUUGCUUGCGGCUCAGCUCAAAGCCCAUCGUGAUGGAAAGCAAACAAAGUCCUCAAUUGUUACUUCUGGGUCUCAAUUCCCGCAAAUUCCAGAGAUUCUUCCAGGCGCCAUGCUGAGAUUCGCAGCCUCGGUUCUUUCCUUGCUUUCGCAUGAAGCACCCGCUUCGUCGAUGCAACCAACAGAAGCGAGGCACUGGGAGGAGAGAAACGCAAGUAUAGCUAUCUCUCAAAGAUAUUUGGUCUUGGCACUGUGUAGUCAGACGCCUAUGAUAAGCGAAGACGUUAGAAAUGUCGUAUCAUAUUCUGAAGGAUUACUUAGUGGCCCAAGAGAGAGUAUCUGGACCAUACCAGGAGUCAGUGAGGUCAUGGAAGAAAUGGUACUCUUUUGGUUAAGCCUUGCAACAGAACCCAAACCAUCGAACGAUUGGCCGUGCACCUAUCAGGUGACAAGCGCCAUAGCCGAUCUAACUGGUGUCGGUUGGAGAGCAAGACCAGAGCACAAAGCUGGUACACUGGUCGUCGAUUGCCUCAUCGAUAUUGCCGAAGCAGGAAUGGAUUUCGUAGAAGUUGGGUUGGAUGCCUCCCAUUCUCGACCAAAGGAAUCACAGCGCUCUGAAUACUAUCAGUCAGUCUUGAAUGCGAUCCGAGCACUAAUCCAUCUUGCGAACUGGGGCAGCAUCCCCGUCCAGUUGCAGAGAACAGUGGCACAUAGAGCAUUCUGCCUUCACAUAGCUUUUGAACGAUUCAAAAAUAUGUUGUCUGGUGUCGGCCUGUAUGGUGGCAAUGCAGUAGCCACAACCGAUAUGACAGAGGAAAGCGCUCCAUUUCUGAUGCAAAUGAAUUCACUAUCCAAUGAAUCCGCAGAUCUAGUUUGGGCACUGCUAAAUUCGCAGUCGACGGCCGCCAAUGCAAUGCAAUCCCUUUUUGAAGUGAUCCAGUCUCCAUAUUCGAUUCCGACGACUGUCGCCGACGGUGGCAAGGAAUGUAUGAUGAGAGGGGUCGCAAUCCGAAUGGUGAGUUCGUCGUUGUGGAGAAGAGGCUCGCUGUGGCGUCGCGAGGAUUCAGAAAAAACAUUGAAGGUUUUAAGAGAAGUUUCACAAAGAGUCUAUUCGACGAUACAAGAGAAACAAAGAAAGGCAGAAACCAUCGACAAUUUGACCUAUGAUAUGCUGGCGUUGGCAAGGGAUACUGUGAUUUCUUUGGGAAUCUUUGCUGACUGGCAGUUUAGUAGCAUGAACAUCAAAACUGCUUCAAACGAAUGGGAUAUAUUCAUUGUUGCAGUCGAAGAAGCCUUUCUGACUUGGCAGGAUUAUUCGCAGAUUCAGAGCAAGUCCACUACCUCAGACAGAUCUUCUGGUGCAAUCAGUCGUCUUUUGGACGGAGCGCGAUUGGAGUGCAUGUCUCUGUUGUUGCGAAUUGGGGCAUGCUUGGACAAAUUCGUCCAGAUGGAAAGAAGCCCAUUUCAUGCAAUCGUCAGCAACGUCAGUCAAAAGAAGCUCUACUUGUUUAUACUUCGCACAGUUGUUGCCAGGGUCUCGUCGGCUGAUGCUGAACUCCUUGGACUAUCGGCAUUUCGAGCUUGGAUGAAGUUUUUGAGUCGGCCUAUGAACCUUGCGGACCGCAUUGCGGAAAUAAUCAUUGAGGGUUUCUCAAAGUACCCUAAUGGAACAUACGUGCAUUCACCGAAUGUCCGCGAAACUUGUCUAAGGGUGCUGAAUACGGGGAUAAGUGAAGCGAGUUUGCUCCCUUCCAAAGAGAAUUUUUUCGCACAUGGACAAUCCGUGAUGCACAUGAUGAACAGUCGAUCCUCUUCGAGUAUCAACGGUAUUGUGAUCCCUUUGUUGCGGUCGGUGCUAGUGGAAGGUGCCACUGGUCCAGAUGGGGAGCUUAUACUUUCGGAGGAGAUGAAGACUGCUGCAGACAUGGGCGACAGCUUUGAUCUGGCAUUACACGAGUCAUCCUCGUCGUUGGCUCUAGAGUCUCUUGCAAUCACAUUGGUUUCGGAGUUAAUUCGCGAUAAUGUAUCUACGAGCCACGCUCGAUCCCUGCUGGUGGAUUCGCUGGUAUCAGUGGCAUUGUCUGCUCCUCAGCUGAGAGCGGACAAAGCCCAACAGGGAACAAGUCUUCAAGAUUCCAUUCAACUCCGGGCUGUUGUUGAGUUGCAUGCUUGUCUUAUGGCUCCUUUUUGGCAUCUGCCGUUGAUGCAUAACAUUCUACCUAGGAUUGUGGACGCCUUGUGCGCCGUCUUGGUUGCGAACAUCGAGCUUAAUCCUGCCGUUGAACCGGCUUUCAAUUUUUCAAAGACAGUGCUUGCUAUAGCAUCAUUGGUGGCACUUUGCCGCUUGAGACCAAUAGUCAAAGGAACAAGAUUAUCUGUAGUGCCAUUCAGUCGUCUAGAGAAGGCAUUGCCCGAAUCCGUGCCACCUAGUCUGCUGAAGCCUCGAACUCAUCUCGAUAUUCAAGGGGUGCGGGUUGCACGCUUUGUUAGGCUCUCAGGGCGCGGUGACGGAACCAUCUCCAAUCCAUCUCGAAACGAGGGUGUGAACUCCACCGUGCUUGAUUUCGAGCCAAUCAUCAAGGCUUUGAUAUUAGCACUUGAUGCGAGUAGAAGUUCAAGGGAUAGCCUAUCACCAGAUGUUUGCUUGUUGCUCCAAAGUAUUGGAUCGCUCUGUUUCCAUACAUUGACGGAAGUCACUUGCUCUGGCUUCUACCCCUACAGCAGCGUUUCUUUGGAAAGUAUAAUUUUUGCAUCUGGAAUAGCAUGCACGGAAUCAGUCCAUGAAAUCUGUGUCAGGAGUCAAAUGCUUGCUGCGCUCACCGAGUGCGCUGUUGCACAUCAUGCUGACAGAAGCAGCAGCGAGGGCAGUAACGGUUCGCGAGACAAAUACACUGAUUCGCUCCUGAACCUUAUACUGUACGUUUGUGAUUCAUCGAGACCCAGAGAAUCUACAAUCGGUUGUCGAGCGGUAAUGGCAAUCCUGCCAUCCCUCACUGCUAUCGACUCGAUCGAAGGAAGCAAACGAGUUUCUGAUAUCUUCACUCGGAUAAGCAAAAGGUUACAUAGAGAACUAAUGGCACUUAGGAGACGACAGCCUCGAAACAUGCUGCCUGAAAUUGAUGAAGUUACAAUCUUGAUAUCGAUACAGCAAGAAAUAUUGACAUCAACGAAUACUGCAUUUGGAGAUUUGCUGGGGUUCUUUGAUCUAUGCAAAGAAAUUUUACAAGCUAUGAUGCUGAUGCCGCCAUCACUAGGCUUGCAUCUAACUCUGCAGUGCCUAGUGUUGUCAAUCCAAAGACUGUCACGGGAGUCUUUGAUGCAAUUUUUAAGCAACAGUUCGAACUUGAAGCUGCAUAACUUUGGUCAACUAGAUUCGGCUUCUGCGAUUCCGCAACACGAAGUAACCUACGAAUUUGUUGAGCUGAUAUUGCUGGAAUGUGUCAAAAAUUGUCUCGAUGAUGCGCCAAAUCCCUCAUUAGAAACUGGAGUAGAUCACGAAAGAAUGGCCCUUGACAUUGAUCGAAUCGAUAGGUUUCAAGUAGAGCAGCACCUGGAGAGCCAAGAGGAGAUAAAAGAGGUCUGGUUGUGCGGUGAUUCUUUACUGAUCUCUGUACGUGUGGGAUCUUCUCGGUACAAAGGUUGGGUAGAGCUUGUAAAGAGAAGUCCCAUGCUGCGCAGGAGAAAAAUGGUUCGGUUACCUUCUUCUUUUUCAAUCACAGACCCAGAUCGAAUAUCCAUGAUAUGGUCGAAAAACACAUUGGACACUGCAAACCCAAAGGAAAAAAAUUUCCUCAACAGCUCGACAAACCUCAAUCUGGCAAAAUCUAAUUCGUUGAUUCAACGUUUUGACGAUUUGUUGUCACCAUCCACACCAGAUGAGGUUGACAAACCGCCGCUCUCCGGCCUUCCACUGAAUACUGAAGCAGUACGCGUAGCUCCAAAAAGUGCGAAGUUUGAAUCGGGGAAGACAGAAAUGAACGCUGACAAAAGCAUCUUAGCGUGGCUGCAGAAGCAUAUUCACUCAAACGAAGGUGUUGAUAUUGUGAAAAGGUCAAUGAUUGAGGACCUUCAAAUUCCAGAAGAGCUCAUAACAUGUGGCAUAUCAGCGCAAAGUACCAACGAGUCCAAGCUGACACCCGUGGAUACUGUAUAUCCUAUUCAACAGCUCAUGGCUGGCAGACAAUUGGACCGGGCCCUGGCAAUCUUGGACAGGACCAGCCCCGCAAGCACUCAUAAAAUCGGAAUCCUAUACGCUGGGCCACUAGUGGAAGACACCAAAAAGAAUUUGGACCCGGAGGCUUUCUUGAUUUCAGUUCGGUCAUCGUCUCCAUCCUUCAUUAGGUUUACAGAAGGUCUUGGUGACCUUGUUCCAACUAGACAGCUAAGAUAUUUCUCAGGAGGGCUUGAUGUGUCCGAAAACGAGUCAGAUGGUCGAUACGCACGUGUUUGGAUUCGGAACGAGCAUUCAAGUAUUUCGGCAUCCAAGAGCAUUGCUGUCUAUCAUAUUGUACAUCUCAUGCCUCCUGGUUUAAACAACAGGAAGCGUCACGUUGGGAAUGAUAACGUUCUCGUCAUAUUCCUUGAAACAGAUCUGGCUGUGGGUUUUGAUGUCGACUAUUCGGAGGAAAGGCUGAAGGAAUCGAUUGUGAGUGGACACUUUGGAUUCGCUACAAUCUUUGUUUCGUUGGGCUCGACCACUAGAAAUCUGGCAAAAGUCACCGUACUAAUACGGGAAGGCUUACAAGAGUCUCUGGCUGCAAACAUUGCAAUAUUUGCGGGUACAAAUAUAAUUGCUGCGAUGCAUGUGGCAGCUUAUGUCCGUAGUCUUGCAAUUCGAAUUGACGUCGCAUGUCGAAGUGUCCUUGACAAUCUGUCGCCUCCUUCUAACUGUAGCGAAAGGUAUCGAAUGAUCAAACAGUUGAAGCGAUAUCGGUUUUCAUCGAGAUAA